UUAAGAAAAUGGAGUUUGAUGGGAAGUCACGAGAUUUUAGUUUAAGCCAAUUUCCACAAUCUUUUUAGACUCUUUUCUUUCUUGGCAUUGUUGCUAAAAUAGUCAUUUGGACAGUAAAAUAUUUAAAUGUUUGGACACAGAAGGUUUGCUGUCAUUUUGUUGAUGGUAUAGCAAAAUUUAUACAUUGAUUUUUUUUCCCUUUUCUUCUCUUGUUUUACAGUUAUCUAGUGUUUAGGCUGCAUAUUAAAAGAAAGACGCAACAUUUUAUCUCCCAAUAUAAAUCAUUUUGAAGUUAAAAAAACACAUAAACAUUCAUCACAAGGAGAGUACUAUUAUGUAUCUAUCUAAGUACAUGGCUGCUACAAAGUAUGAGAUCACAAACAGCAAAUCCUGUAUAAAUGUUUUAUAUAGUAGAAGAAGCUGUUAAAGUUAGAAACGUCAUUCAAGCUGUAGGAGACCAAGAAUAAAAAGUUCAGAUAGAAACAAUUUAAAUAUGAUGCUAAAUGUAAUCUUACUUGGGAGAAGUUUUCUCUCACAAAUUUUCAGUUUUGUGAAUUAAAGGGCUGCAGCUUCCAAGUAUUCAGUCCUACAAUUUUGGUACAACAGAAAAUAUUUCUUUCCGAAACUAAACUGGAUGGCACACAUAUGUUGCAAUGAAGGCAUAUAACAGCUACUGAGGGACUGGAAAACCAAUAUAUUGGAAUAGAAUCCAUGAUGGCUAGAUGCCAGACACACAAGCAAUCUAAGUUCCUGGGUAAAUAUUAACCAAGUGCUUAGGUCUUUUUGUAAUCUAGGUGUAAAGACAGAAGCCAACUUAGAGCCUCCAGGGAGUCUGAUGGUCUUAAGGAGGCCAAGACUAGGUUUUCUGCCAUUUUAAUCCAGUAACUACAAUCCAUUAUUUCACAGAUUAAUUCUGUGAAGAGCAAACCUCGUAGCUUCUCUUCCCUGUCCUGUCUGCAGUGGUUUUAACUUUAAUUGAUAGCAAAACUACUCAACCAUUUAGUCAAGAAUACCAAUAGUAGGGAGGAAAACUAGGUGGAAGGUGAGGGAUUCCAUGUGCAAAGCGUUUGGGAGUAUGUAAUAGGGAGGUAACAAGAAGUCUUCUCAAUAUGUAGUAAAGCUUAACAGGAAUGGUAUUGUUUAGUGUAACUUUUCGGGCUGUCACCUGAAUAUUAAAUGAAUUACAAAUGUUGAUAGAAUCAUAACUUUAUAUAAUAUAUCAAGAACACCGAUUUCCUGUGAUUUUUUUAAGUGUCCCAGACCAUGCAGCUGUGCAGGAAACUGGGAAGCAACUGUUAAGAGAGGAAUGGACUUGGCGUGAAAAGAAAUGUCAAGGUUCAUAGAUAUUCUCUACACCCAUUCACAAUCUCCCAUUUUCUGAAUAUUCAAGGCCUCUGGUUUCUCCAAUCCCUUUCUUCAAGUCUUGGCAGGAUGCCUUUUUUUUCUUCUUUGGUAAGACGCCUUUGAUAUUCCUCAAAUCUGGUUUCACCGGCACAGAACUUUGACAUUUAGUUUUGCUUUGUCUCUGGAAGACAAACUCCCUCACUCAUCCAUGCGACAUUUCAAGUCCCUCAAAAUUCCCAGGGACAAGAAAAUUAGGUACUAUGAAUUCUGCCUUCCAAACAGCAUUCUCUGUUCUGCUUGCGAUGUCGAUAUAAAGGCAGGAUUUGCUUGGGCAGAACAGGUCAAAAGCUUAUUGAAAUGUACUUAUUGAAUUGCACAUGGAACACAGCCGGCUUGCUCUCUUAUAGCGAGAGGCCAUGCGAGUUGGUGGGUCAAGGGCAUGCAUUUCAAUGUGAUCAGACUAUACGCUGGCCAUGUGGAGUCGCAGUAUUUUGGCAAUAUUUUUAAAAACCAGGGAAAGUUACUGUGCUGUUACAAUCCAAAGGCUGGUGGGGUUUUCUUCCCCCCCUCAUUUCCACUAGCGUGAUAAAUUAUUUAAAGUACGUGGCCUAGUAGAGGACUAACCUCUGGGUAACAUAAGCCUAGUCUUCGCAGCGUACCCAGUGUGGAAACAAACGAAUCAGAGGUUACUAAUUCUGGAAUGUUGAAAGUAGGCCCCGAUCGGCUUUUAUUCCCUUUGGGAAAUCCUACACAAUUCUGAGCGCGAAAGACCCACCCUCGGUGAGGCGGUGAGGCGCGAACGCCGCGAAGCUCACAGUCAAAGCCUCGCUAACAAAUCAAGAGAUGACUCCGCAUUUAAAACCUUCCCGAAUAGGAACGCGCCAGAGGCCGGAAGCCACGCCACGUGACCAGUCCUCCUCCGCGGCCAUUCCUAGCGAGGCAGUAGGCACCGCCUCUGUCACAUUUCCUAGCGCCUAAAGCGCGGGACCAGGCGGAAACGUGCAACAGGAGGCGGUCCCACCUAGCUUUGGACUGGAGUGUCAGUAGAACUCCCGUCUUUUCCAGCAACGCUUUGCAAGUACUUCACCGCAAAGAACUGCCGCAGACUUCCGCCUGGGUGCCAACCACGUGAUCACGCGAGCGUUGGAGAGGCCCUAAAUUAUACAGAUCUGUGAUUGAAGAUGUCAUUAAUGAUGUGAGAGACAUCUUUCUGGAUGAUGGAGUGGAUGAACAAGUACUGAUGGAACUAAAAACUUUAUGGGAAAACAAACUAAUGCAGUCCAGGGCAGUAGAUGGAUUUCAUUCAGAAGAGCAGCAGCUUCUACUGCAAGUUCAACAGCAGCAUCAACCCCAGCAGCAGCAGCAUCACCACCAUCACCAUCAUCAGCAAGCUCAGCCUCAGCAGACGGUACCUCAGCAAGCGCAGACGCAGCAGGUCCUUAUUCCUGCAUCACAGCAAGCCACAGCACCACAAGUUAUUGUUCCAGAUUCUAAGUUGAUACAGCAUAUGAAUGCAUCAAACAUGAGUGCUGCUGCUACAGCCGCUACCUUAGCACUCCCUGCAGGUGUGACUCCUGUUCAGCAGAUAUUAACAAAUUCAGGCCAGCUUCUUCAGGUGGUCAGAGCAGCCAAUGGUGCCCAAUAUAUCUUUCAGCCUCAGCAGUCAGUGGUUCUACAACAACAGGUUAUACCACAAAUGCAGCCUGGUGGAGUACAAGCUCCUGUUAUACAGCAGGUACUGGCUCCUCUUCCUGGAGGGAUUUCACCACAGACAGGUGUCAUCAUCCAGCCUCAGCAAAUCUUAUUUACAGGAAAUAAGACUCAAGUUAUACCUACGACAGUGGCAGCACCUACACCAGCCCAAGCACAGAUAACUGCAACUGGCCAGCAGCAACCGCAGGCCCAGCCUGCUCAAACACAAGCUCCAUUGGUCUUACAAGUUGAUGGAACUGGGGAUACAUCGUCUGAAGAAGAUGAAGAUGAAGAAGAAGACUAUGAUGAUGAUGAGGAGGAAGACAAAGAGAAAGAUGGAGCUGAAGAUGGGCAGGUGGAAGAAGAGCCCCUCAAUAGUGAAGAUGAUGUGAGUGAUGAGGAAGGACAGGAACUCUUUGACACAGAAAAUGUUGUUGUAUGCCAAUAUGAUAAGAUACACAGAAGUAAAAACAAAUGGAAAUUUCAUCUCAAGGAUGGCAUUAUGAAUCUUAAUGGAAGAGAUUAUAUAUUUUCCAAAGCCAUUGGAGACGCAGAAUGGUGAAGAGUUGCUUUUUUUCUUUUAUAAAUAAAAGAAACUUAAAAAAAAAUGUAAAGUGGACAGUUUGAAACUUGGGGCAUAUGCCAACCAAAACUUCAUUUCUGCAUGUCAGAAAAGUGCAGUAGAAGCAAAGCUACUGGAACAAAGAUAGACCUUGACAACAUAGACACUACUUACUGGCAAGCCAUGGAACUGUAGCACCUGGGGUUGUUGGGUGGGAGGGUUGGGGUUUUGUGUAGGAAAACCAUAAUUGUUGAUUUUAAAUACAGGUACCUGCCACCGGUAAUUAGCAUGUAAAGCUUUGUCUAUAUUCCUUCCUCCAACUUGGGUUCAAUCAGAAGAUACUUGUUGGAAUGAACUGAAGAAACUUCCCUUUUGAUAGAUUGAACUGAAACUGCUUAUUGUAUGUGGUUAUAUUUGGUAAAAGUUGCGUGUGAGCUUUUUACAGAAGGGUAAGAAUUGUGUUGAAUUUUAAUUCACUUGUAUAAGAAAACAAUUUAAAACUCUCAUAAUAGGUCUUAAAUAUUUUUACUUGCUAUUCUCCCUCAGUGAUAUAUACCUCUUCCUUUCCAGCUUUAUGAAACAUCUAUUUAAGAUUUAAAGUUAUCAGUGAUCAUAGUUUGGAGAUAAAAUUUGACCCAGGAAUGAAUAUUUAUUUUAAUUAGGUUUUCAUACUUAUUAAAUGUAAUUAAAGACUUGGGUCUUGUCUGAGUUCAGUGGAAUUGAAACCACAACUUUAAUUUCCUUACAGAAAAACUUAAUUUGUUUCUUUUAGUGCCACACCUUAAAAAGAAACCCCAAACUAGCUCCUCAGGAAUAUAGUUUUAUUUUGCAAGCAUACCAUCUAGCUGAAAUUGUAUACACAUGAAUAUAUGUAGACUUUUCCUGUUGGACUGAAGUGUGUGCUUAUAAAUGUGUUUAGUUUUUAAGCUAAACAUUCAGUUAACAGUCUGUGCAUUGAUUAGCAUAGGGCAGGUGGUGAGGACCUGGAUUUUUAUUAAACAAUUUAGUAAUUAUAAAAGUUUCUUGUGUUUACUAGUAAAGAAUUUUAAAAAUCUAUUAUUCUAAUUCAACAAGUUUUUAAAAUCAACUUUGUAAUUUGAGGUUAAAAUUUUGGGGGGAAGAGGUGGGUGGGCCACUAAGUUACCUCUCUUUCAUUUGGUGGCCCUUCCAGGCCAUUGAAAAUAAAGACGUUGGCUCCAGUUUGCACAUCGGGAAGAAAGCAUAGAAAUUUGACUUGUAUAUUAAAAAUAAUAGAAAUGUAAUAUGUAUAUUAAGAAUGCGUAGGUCUGUAUUCUGUAAGGGGCUCUGAAGAACAAUAUAGCACUGCUGUGUUCAGUGUGAAUUCGCUGCCUGGGAGAACUGCAGGAAUGCUUGUCUUCACCAUUGUGUUCUUACAACGAAUUCAACUUUCCAUGGUUUAUCUUGACAAAAUUUACAUGUGUUUAGGUUACUUGUAUAUUGAUAUAUUUUUUUAAUCUUCAGUUUUUGUCUUCCUUUUGCCUUUGUGUUUUCAGAAGUAACACAUAAACACUUUUUAAAGUACAUUACAAAGAAGAAAACUGUGAGCUAUUAUAUAGUGUUUCUUUUUUAACACAAAUCUUUUAACUUUAAAAAAAGGCAAAAAUUUUUUUUUCUACUUCCCACCCAGCUUACCACCUUGAUCUCUUUAACUUAUGUUCUAAACUUUGGUGUAAAUGGUGGUGUCUAGCAUGCUAGUAGUUAGAUUUUAUUUAGAUGCCAUAACUGGUAAUACAGCUUUUAUUUUGACUAUAUUAAUUUAGUUUUUUGAGGGGAAGUUUGUUUAUUCUGCGACUCUCAAAGCACACAGAGGUUUUAAAAUAUAUAUUAUUAUUAAUAAGACUGAGAGGAAAUGGGAGGGAGUAACAUCACAGAAGUCCUGUUGUUCAACUGUUCUUCAAUAUAGUUGCUAGUAGGUUUGUAUUUACUCAGUAAAGAAGUCAGUGACCUGAACUACCUAUAAAAAUUCAGCAGUGCUGCAGUGUUGCUUAAGUGAAACCCUUUGGCUAUCUAGUAGUUUUUAUGCUACUGAAACUUGGAUUACUGUAUGAUAUUCAGCUUGUCUUGGGCCCUCUAUGUAGACAAACAUUCAUAUUCAUAGUAGCGUUGUAUACUGGCCUGUUUUUAUAACUUUAUUUUUCAAAUAUUAACAACCACUGCUUUCAGAGUGGUUAUUUUGUUAUUUUUGAAGCAGGAAAUAACCAUUUGUAUUUGCACCUGUGUAUUGCAUAUUAAUUAUGGUAUACUUGGCAAAUGCUUUUCUUUUACCUGUGAAAAUUCUGAAAGCUGGUCCAAGCUACAUUGCAUACCAAAUUGUGCUCUUAUAUAUUAUUUGCAUCGUGUCCUUUUUAAUCAAAUAGCAUGUUUUAGUUUUAUUAUAGUAGCUUUUGCUGUAAGAAUGUCACUUGCUUAUCUUUUAUUGUACUUGAAUUCUUAAUCAUGCUUUUAACAUUGUAUUUAACAAAUCAUUUCGUAUUAGGUUCCAUUAAAAUGUCAUUCCUUUGAAAAGGCAAGGGAUUUCCACUUUCAGAAUUUGAAAAUGAAAGUAGCAUGUUUAUCUAAAGGCAGAAAAUAGUUCAGACUUGGUAUUAUGAAAAUAAGUAAUGGUUUCUGGAGAGGAUUGGUUUAGAUUUGCACAGAUGGCGAUGGCACCUUUUACUUAAAUUAACAUUAAUCAACAGUGCUAAGGAAAAUUUACACAAAAUUACAAGAUAAAACAUGGAAAUGUGUGCCUUUCAGUAUACAAACUCUUGCUUGGUGGUCAUUUGGGUAAUCAGACCAUUUGAAUACCUGAGAGCAUGUUUAAUUUCUGUGGAGUGCCACAUAUGGCUAAAACAACUCUUUAAUGUGCAAUUAAUUUCUAGAGUAAAAUGUCUGUUAUGUGAGGGGGAUCUUUAUAUUGGGCUUUUCUAUUUUUUAAAUGUUCACAUUUCUUUCUGUUAAUUAAAAUGCCAUCAUAAUGUCACAUUUACACUGUUGCCUCUUUUAAAAGCAAAGCCACUUUCUUGUUCUAAGAUUACAUCAAGACUUGAGCAGUGUGUAGUAAUUAAAAUGUAUGCUUAAUGAGCAUAAUAGAUUCUGGUUUUAGGAAAUAACACAUAGCUUUUAUAUGAAUAUUUUUUGCUAUAGUGAAAAUCAAAGAUUUUUUUUUUCCUGGCUGGUUUUUUUUUUUUUUUUUUUUUUUUGAGACGGAGUCUCGCUCUGUCGCCCAGGCUGGAGUGCAGUGGCGCAAUCUUGGCUCACUGCAAGCUCCACCUCCCGGGUUCACACCAUUCUCCUGCCUCAGCCUCCCGAGUAGCUGGGACUACAGGCGCCCGCCACUUCGCCCGGCUAAUUUUUUGCAUUUUUAGUAGAGACGGGGUUUCACCGCAUUAGCCAGGAUGGUCUCGAUCUCCUGACCUUGUGAUCCGCCCGCCUCGGCCUCCCAAAGUGCUGGGAUUACAGGCGUGAGCCACCGCGCCCGGCCUUUUCCUGGCUUUUAUGGAGGAAUGAAAAGAGUUGUCUCCCUCUAAGAGUAAUUUUUGAUUCUCAUAGCAAUAAUGUCACCAUUCUUAUCAGAGGGUAAAUACCCCCUGUAUAGGAAAACAGACAUAAUUUCCUCUUGGGAGUUCUCUUUAUGACUUAGCAUUUUCUUCUACUUGAGAAAAUUCCUGUUUUUCCGAUUAUUUCAUCUUGAACUUUUUUUUGAGCUUUUGUGCAAUGUAAUAGUUUAUUGAUCCAUCUUUGUACAUUUUCAUUUUAUUUCAUGUCUUUCUCCCACCUACCUGUCAGAAUCAGCUAUAGCAGAUUUUGAAUUCUUUAGUUAAAAAAUAGUUGCUUUGUUUCCUCAUGAGUUUGUUAAAUAGCUUUGCAUUUUAUUCCUCUGUUAUGCUAUGAAAAUUAUUACGAAGUUUAUAUUCUUCCCUUUUUAAGCCUGCCUUACUCUUGUCUUUUGUCAUUGUCUAUGGUUUAAUGAAGAACACACCAAACUAACAUUUUUAUUUUGAGGAACAAAAAAACUUCUUCUCUUCUCUUUUAAGGGAAGUUACUACACAUUGAGUUAGUAACUACUCUUUAGUCAAGGUUCCUUAAUCAGUCCAGUCUGCAUCAGGACUAUGACUUGGGGGGCGGGGCUAAUCCUUUUUGCUGUUCUGAGCUACUAUUGUCAACUGCUGUUGUACAUACUGUUAUGUGUAAUGGCGUAAAUAUAUUUAUUAUGUUUGUAAAAUUCAUUGCAGAUCAAGGUUGCUCUUCUGUGAUAUAUGGGAUAUUAUGUUUUAAAGACCAUCUUGGAAUACAAUUAGAGAACUUAGUAUUUUGAUGUACUAAGACCUAUUUUAAGUUUAAUAUUCUACCUUUGCAAAAACUUUAAUUAAAGAUGUUAUUUAAAAAAAAAUGUUGCUUGCUUUGCUUACUAGUUUAUGGCAUUGUUAUAGAUAAUUGAAUAAAAUACAAUUUAGAAAGGAAAAUGCUUUACAUUGUUAAUGAGAAUUCCAUUUAACAACAACAAAAAGAUGCUAAAUUCUGUACCUUAAAGAUAAGUAGAUUGAGAUGUCAAUUUGAAUUAGUAAACUGUGUUACAAAUUAUUAAUAGUAGCUUUUAAAAAGUUUUAUUUUCCAGGCACACAGGAAUUUAGGUUGGGCGAAUUCACACUAACAAAUUAUAACUAAAAAUUGGUAUAAUUAACAUUGUUUUUCAAAAUAAAGAUUACUCCUUGUGAAAUAUUAAUAAUUAACAUAUUGUAUUAAAUAAGUAUUUCUACUCCAAAGUAUAGAUUACUUAGGAUAAAAACAUUGUUAUUUCUCUGUUUAGCCAAACCACUUCCUCUUAGUUCAGAGGUUAUAAAUAAUUGCGUAUUAGGAGAAUUGGAUUACUGAGAUUUGUAUUGCGUAUUGAAUAUAUUUUGUGUUAUUUUAGAAGAUACUAAAUAAUUAGCAGGUAUUUUAAUUUUAUAGUUAACUCAGCUGAAUCAUUAAGAAGCUCGCCUUUUUGUAUUUUUUUAUCCUGUUAACAGACUAUCUAGAAAACAUGCAAAUUUUAACUAUUAACAUAAUCAUAAUAAAGAUAUCUUAUUUAUUGCCAGCAAA